UAGUCCUCAUCAUUGGACUUGCAGCUCGAGGAAAAUCAUCACCCCAUCAUUUAAGAAUAAUUACAACAAAUUUAAUAUUUUUGAGAAAAAUGGGUAGCGUUAUUUUUGAUAAAGUACUUGGUGAUAUCAGCCGACGAUCAGCAUAUUCUCAAAUUCUUAUUGGAGUUGCAUCCGGUUGGGCGACUGGAUUUACAACUAUGAAAAUUGGAAAAAUUGCCGCAUUUGUGAUUGGAGGAAGUAUUAUUUUAGUGGAAAUCGCUCAUCAAGAGGGCCUUAUCCAAGUUAAUUGGCCAAAGUUAAUGAAAAAGAUGGACAUAAUUACAAAACAAAUACAAUCUCCUGUAGUAGAAAAUCAUGCGACUCUGAUUAAAAAGACAGAAACAUAUAUUGAUGGCAAACUAGACAAAGCUGACAGUUUUGUACAAAACAGCAAUAAGACCUUUAAAAAGUGGUACACUAAAAUGAUUGGCGAUGAUAAUGGACCCAGAAUAACAUCGUUACACAUUUUCCUGUGUGGUUUUAUUGGUGGAGUGGCAUUGGGGAUAGCUACUAGCUAAUUUCAACAAUAAUAUAUCUCUUUCAAAAAUAUUUUCUAUCCAAUCUUCGAUCAUAAAGGUCGAUAUUUCAAUAAGACAUGUAAACUACAGUAUCUAUUUAUUUAUUUGUUUACAUCAAUAAUAACAAAAAAACAAAAAAAAAAGAUCUUUUUAAGCUACAUUAAACUUACAUAAUUAUAAGUUUGAAUCAAAAAACAAAAAAUAAAGCUUAACUAAACGUCCUUGACGAA